AUGAUCGACGAUCAGGUGCAUUUCCGGGAGCCGGGGCUCGAGCACAAGGGCACGAUCGCCACCGAGUCGCGGGCGGCCGUCGCGGGCGGCGUCACCAGCUAUCUGGAGAUGCCGAACUGCAACCCGCAGACGGUUACCGCCGAGGCGCUGGAGGACAAGCACGCCCGCGCCGCCGCCGGCUCGAUGGCCAACUACGGGUUCUACCUCGGCGCCACCAACGACAACCUCGACGCGGUGAAGGCGGUCGACCGGCGGCGCGCGUGCGGCAUCAAGGUGUUCAUGGGAUCGAGCACCGGCAACAUGCUCGUGGACGACGAACGGACCCUCGAGGCCAUCUUCGCGAACGCGCCGCUGCUGGUGGCGACCCACUGCGAGCACACGCCGACCAUUCUCGCGAACGAGGCCCGGGCGCGGGAACGAUACGGGGACCGGAUACCGUUCAGCGAGCAUCCGCGCAUUCGCCCGGCCGAGGCCUGCUACCGCUCGUCGAGCCUCGCGGUCGAGCUGGCCCGGCGGCAGGGCACGCGCCUUCACGUGCUGCACAUCACCACGGCGCGGGAGCUGGGACUGUUCGAACCCGGAGACCCCGGCGGGAAGCGGAUCACGGCGGAGGCGUGCGUGCACCAUCUGUUCUUCGACGACACCGCCUACGCGACCCACGGGGCCCGCAUCAAGUGCAAUCCCGCCAUCAAGUCGGCCGUCGACCGGGACGCCCUGUGGGGGGCGGCGCGCCCGUACGCCGCCGCCCCGGCCGGCCUGCCGCUCGUGCAGCACGCCCUGCUCAUCCUGUUCGAGCAGGUGCGCGCCGGCCGAUGCACGGUCGCCACCGUGGUCGACAAGACCGCCCACGCCCCGGCGCGCCUGUUCGACAUCCGGGACCGCGGGUUCAUCCGGGAGGGGUACUGGGCCGAUCUGGUCCUGGUGGAUCCGGCGGGGGCGAGCUGCGACGAGCCGGUUCACGCGAAGUGCGGGUGGAGCCCGUUCAGCGGGUUCCGGUUCGGCGCGCGGAUCCGGGCGACGUGGGUGAACGGCGAGCUGCGGUAUCGCGACGGCCGGUUUCUCCCCGGCGCCGCCGGACGCGCCGUGGAGUUCGACCGCUGA